GGGCUUUGCGCCGCACCGGGUGCAAGAUAGGGCCCUAAAGCUCUUAAGCAUGUCGCUGAACCAAAGUGGACACUCAGUUCUGCUUCCAUAAACGUUUUUUAUCUCAAAAGUUCAUGUUUUUGAGUGUGUGUCAUGAAAUUUGGCACGAACCAAAUAAAACAAACGGCUGGAAUCUGGAAGUGUUGGCUUCACGUACCAACCGACGGACUACAUCCCCAUCUCUACCGCCACACAACUAGCAUCGCUAAAAAUCCUGAAUAUUGUUUCUGAAACCAUUGUACCUGAUUGAAUAGGAAAUACUAUGUUGUUUAGGCCAGUGGCUUCCAAAGUCCUUGAGAGGGUUCCAGGUGUCCAACUAAAGAGGGAAUCACUCAUUUCCACUAUAAUUCCAACCGUACGUAACACAACAGAAUGUAGGACUAUUUUUGGUCAUAGGUAUCAUACACUUUCUGUUAGCAAAAAUCCCAUCAGACAGGAAAACCUGGAACUAAAUCUUCAGUUCAGGACUCCUUGAUGUGGAAAAGGUUUGGGAACCACUGGUUUAUGCAACAGACAACCACACUGUGUCCCUAUUCAGAUGUCUUUCAUUAAAUGCAUUCAUUUUAUUUACACGGUUGAAGCGUUUUUAUCUCUAUAAAAGUCUCAUGCUUUCAGGCAAACAUCAGGCGUGCUCAAAACAACUUUAGGAGGACAAGGUCUCUCUUAGCCAGAAAGCCAGCCCCGUUCUCUCUCUCUCUCUCUCUUUCUCUCUCUCUCUGUCUCUGUCUCUCUCUCUCACUGCUGUCGGAUUGAGUGAGAGAAUCAACUCAUCCUGUUUACGGUAAAACAACAUGAUGCCACACGGUGGGCGUGCAAUGCUGGAACUCAUUUUUUUAUUUACGGAAAUCAGAGCUCCAGAGAACUGAAGAUGCCGUUUAAAAAUCACGUUAACUCUUUAAGUGUUGAAAUACUUUCCAUUGAAAGAACUCAGGUUUAUUGUGCCAGACUUUAUGCAACUAAUUCUUAUCCCACCCCCCCCGGCUACACAGAAAGCACACAAUCACAACCAGAUGUUGAGCUUCUUUUAAAAGCCCUUGGUUCUCAGAAUAGGGCUGCUGCUCUGAGACCAGUUUAGCUCUCUUUUAGUGUUGAGCACCUUAUUGAUAUGUGACCUUAGCAGUGCUCCUAAGUCAGCGCCUCGUUUGUAGAGACUCCAUUCGUGGACUCGUACUCCACCUCCCUGAGCACAGCAGCAGAGACGCACACUGGUCUCCAACCUCCAGAAGCAUUUGUUCCAUACAGCACGGGCCAGUUUUUAGACAUUACCGAGAGAACAUGGAGCAUUUGGUCUUGGUGGUUCUGGGUCUGCUGCUCUCUCCCCACUGUCUCCGGGCACAAAGCAGCAACAGGGCGAACUGCAAGCCAGUGACGGCCAGCUUUUGUCAGGGUGUGGGAUACACCACCACCCAGCAUCCCACUGGAGCGCUAGGCUUCAACCUGCAGCAGACGGGUCAGAUUGUGGAGACGGCUUGCUCGCCGCACGUAGCCGUGCUCAUGUGCCGCGUCGUCGUGCCCGAGUGCGGCUCGGAGGACAACAGCAGGAUGAAGCCGUGCCGGGCUCUGUGUGAGAAGGUGAAGACGGACUGCGAUUCUGCCCUCAGAGCCAAGAGGCUGGUCUGGCCCACCAGGCUCCGAUGUGAAACUCUACCAGAGUCCAACUGUGUGCAGGGUCAAGACACCAGGGUAGCUCCAACCUCUCCUGCAGCAUGUCAGGCCAUCAGCGUCCCUCUCUGCAUGGACAUGCCGUACACGGAGACGGUCCUGCCCAACCUCCUGGGCCACACGAGCCAGGAGGAAGCCAGCCUGAUGUUACAGACGUUUAGUCCAAUUAUACAAGUGGGCUGCUCCUCUGAGCUGAAGCCUUUCUUGUGCUCCGUCUACACUCCUAAGUGUGUGUCAGGAACACCUCGGCCUCCCUGCAGAACGCUCUGCGAGAAGGCCAGGUCCGGCUGCGAGUCCCUGAUGAACAAGUUUGGCUUCCGGUGGCCAGAAGCCCUCAGGUGUGAAGCAUUUACCACAGAGUCCUGCGAUAAGAGUCAAGACAUGAGUUUUACUCACACGUCCUUUGCAACCUGCGAGCCAAUCAGCGUUCCUCUCUGCGUAGGCCUGCCGUACACUGAGACCGUCCUGCCCAACGCUCUGGGCCACAAAUCUCAGGAGGAUGCAGGCAUGGAAAUACAUCAGUUUUAUCCGCUUGUAAAAGUGGAGUGCUCCCCUCACCUGAAGCCUUUCUUGUGCUCCGUCUACACUCCCGAGUGUGUGUCAGGAACACCUCGGCCUCCCUGCAGAACGCUCUGCGAGAAGGCCAGGUACGGCUGCGAGUCCCUGAUGAACAAGUUUGGCUUCCGGUGGCCAGAAGCCCUCAGGUGUGAAGCAUUUACCACAGAGUCCUGUGAGCACUACGGGGUGGGCAGCAGCGGGGGGUUCUGUGAGCCGAUCACCAUACCGAUGUGCCAGGGCCUCUCCUACAACCAGACCAUCACUCCUAAUCUUCUGGGACACACAAGCCAGAGGGACGCGGUGGUGAAGAUGUCCUUUUUCAACUCGAUGGUGCAGACUAUGUGCUCGGUGGACAUCCGGCUGUUUGUUUGUACGGUGUACGCCCCCCAGUGCGUGGCGGGGGAAGUGCAGCGGCCCUGCAGGUCCUUCUGCGAGAGGGCCAGACAAGGCUGCGAGGGUCUGAUGAACAGCUUUGGCCUUUCCUGGCCGGACGAGCUGCAGUGCAACUUAUUCCCAGAGGAAAUGUGUAUAUCAGAAGACAGAAGGCCUGAUAUGCUGAAUGCUGAAGGUGUCCUUGCUAAGCUGAACGCCGGUGGCUACUCUGUUCGUGGCAAAUCCCUGAGUCUCAAGACGGCCCGCCUCCUGUUGACUCUCAUGGAUGCGGACAAGACUGGAGACCUGGAUGUGGUGGAGGUCUUCAAACUGGAGCACUACGUGGCUGCUACCAGGAGGGAGUACGUGGAGAGCUACGAGAGGAGGAGCCCACCCUCCGUCACGCAAACCCAAAUGAAAAAGAUUCUGUCUGGCCGGAAUUUCAAUUUAGAUGAUGAAACCUUCAGAGUUCUGUGGUACGAGCACAACUCCAAGGAUGGGAUCGACUACGAUGAGUUUGUGGCCGUUGUGACAAAACUUCAUAUCCUCAGAGAUCGUUUCCAGGCUCAUCUGCUGAAUUUGCCGUGUGAUUGCCAAGUCGCCAGCUUCUCUUUCAAGCAGGUGAGUGUAAAUGUUUUCAAUAAUCCUGUCAUAUGGCCCAAAUUCUGUUUAUUUACCUGCAUGUGAACCUACAAAGAUAAAUAUUUUAAGUACAAUAGUCUCACCUAACUUCUGAAAAGAAAUAGUUUGCAAUGUAUAUGUUUGUAAUGGAAUAAACAUUGGACUUCCAAAAACUUCCUUUAGGAUUUUUUU